AUCCGAUGCCAAACAAACCGAAGAAAGUCCCCUAGGGUUUUCAUCUCAGAAUUCAGAAAAGGACCGACCGCUCACCGCCGCUGCUGCUGCUCUAACAUUAAUCUAUUGUGGUUAUGAAAUCAUUGAAGCAUUUGGGCAAUAUUCUCGACUUUCCUUCUCCAACCUAAUUUUCUCAACUGAAAACCAACCAGGUUAGGUUAGGUUAGGUUAGGCUUGUUAAAUCUGGUGCCUCUUAACAAUGGGCGACGGAGCGAAAGCAGAAGAAGGGAUCUCACUGAUAAAGCAGCUCGGCGCAUCCAACCAGAGCACCAGGAACAAAGCUCUCAUCCUCCUUCUCAAUACAUGGCUUCCAUCCCAACGCGAUCUAUCUGACGAUCUUAUGAGGAAGCUCUGGAAGGGCCUCUUCUACUGCGUCUGGCAUGCCGACAAGCUUCCCGUUCAGUCCCAACUCGUCGACCGCCUCUCCUCUCUCCUCCUCCGCCUCCCUCUCCCUCUCUCCUUCCACUACUUCUCUGUCUUCCUCCUCACCAUGCGACGUGAGUGGUCUGGCAUCGACGCCCUCAGGUUAGACAAGUUCUACCUCUUCAUUCGUAGGUUCUUGCAUCAUUCUUUCGCUUUGUUGAAAAAUAAUUCGUGGGAUUCCGAGCUUUCAAGUCGUUUUAUGGGUGUUUUGGUGGAGAGAACUUUCUUCUCUGAUGAUAAGUUUCAGGGCAGUGGUGUUAAUUACCAUAUUGCAUCCGUUUUUCUUGAGGAGCUUAGGCCCUUCCUUCCUGUUCGCUCUGUAAUAGUCCAGGUUCUUUUGGAGCCGUUUGUUUCUGUUAUGGGGAAGUUGCCUGAUAAAGUGUUGCUAGGGAAGAUUAGGUCUUGUAUGUUUGAUGAGUUGUUAAAAAUGGGGAAGAAGUUAUUGGAGAUCAAGAAAGUUGGGGGUGAGGUUGAUUCCAGUGACGAAGCUGUGGUGCUUGGGACAAUUGCAUUGACCAUGGGGUUUUCGAGCAAGUUUUAUGAUUUGGGUUCUUCGGUUCAAUGCUGUCAGGGGAAUAGGAAGGUACUGUUUGGUAUGUAUGAGGAGUUUUCCAAGUUGGAGAAGGAUGCGGUGUCUUCAGGGAUUGAGGUUCCGAUUCCUGAUACUGUCGAAAGUGAUGAAGAAGUGCCAACUUUGGUUCCUAUUGGUGCCGAGAUGGAAAUGGCUGGCUUGGAACCUGCUGAGGGUGGUGCAGAUGCUGUAAAUGUGUCUUCUGGUGAUAAGUCUUUAAAGAAGUGCAGGAAAAAGAAGAAAGACUCAGGUGGCAGUGGCAAAAAGUCUAAGAAGACAAAGAAGACUGAGAUUGCUGAUACAGUUUUAGAGGAUAGUCCUGCAGAGAGAGAGGAGAAUGCAGCUAUCGCAAACGGGAUGAAUCCAAAUGAUGAAUAUACUGGUGAUGGGGGUUCUGUAACAUUCAAUGAAUCUGUGAUUUCGAAUCUCCAGAUUCAGUUUGAGAAGAUUGCUGCUGAAGCUGGCUUGGAUAUUGAUGUUGUAAGUGCCUGUGAUUUGCCGAAAAUUAAAGUUAAUGGUACUGUAUCUAAGAAGAGAAAGAGAGCAAAGAAACAGAAAUCCCAAAAUCUUGAGCUAAACCGUGAGGGGGAUGCUGAUGGUGGCACCAGUGCGAAGAGUGGGGAAAAGAGUGCAAAGAAGGUAAGGUUUUCCAUGAAGAAUAAUUUGGUGUGGAAGCCCCACAGUCCGAUGCCUCCACAAAGUUUGAGAUUGCCCCCCUCUGUUACGCCAAGAGGAAGUGCACUUAAGAAAGGGUUACCUCCAGGUCCUAUCAGAGAGAUGCCUCCUGCAACUAAAAAGGUGAAGAAGAGAGCUGUUUCUGCAAAGAAACCCAGGAAGGCAAUAAAAACCAUUUCCCCGGCUGUCAAACGUGUGAAGAAGUUGAAAUCUCGUUCUACCUAGUAGAUAGAUUUCAUGCUCCAAGCCAAAAGAUAGAAAAUUAAAAGGAAAAAAGUAGUUUUCAUGCUGUUGGGUCCAGUUUUUUGGAACAAAUUUCUCUCAUGUUUGGUUGUAAUACGCUUACCCUUGAAGAUUCCCCCAUCUUACUCUUUGUUGCUUGGUUUCUGUUGUCUUCAGAACGCUGAGGUUUAUUUUGAUAUUGAUAUUGAUUAAUUCGUCAAGCAAAAA